AUGACGAGAGACGAGCGCGAAAAUUCAAAAAUUGACCUAAACUAUCUUUUAGAUUGUGCUGAGCUAGUGAGCUACGGCACACGAAUACCGAAUGAAAUUGCACAGCUAUGCAGGAGCCGUCUAAGUCUGCACAAUUUCCUGUUAGUACGCGGCAUUGCCAAGGGCGGAUACGGCAGCGUUUACCUGGUGCAGAGCCAUCAAUCACAACGCUACUAUGCCCUAAAGGUGAUCAAGAAGCAGGUGGUUAUCGACAUGCCCCACCUCGCACUGUUCGAGAACGAAAAGGCUGCACUCAAAAGUGCGCGUGAUGCGCAGUACCUCGUGUUCAUGCACUGCUCAUUUCAAAACGAGCACAGCAUCUUCUUUCUUAUGGAUUUCUAUCCAUGCGAGCUGCUUGAAAGGGUGCCGGUCAGGGACGAGCAUGAGCUGCGCUUUUAUGCGACAGGUAUUCUUCUAGCAAUCGAGGAGUUGCAUAAAUUGGGAUACGUGCACAGGGACAUCAAGCCCGAGAAUAUUUUCUUGGACAGGAAUGGGUGUGUAAAAUUGGCUGAUUUCGGUUCAUGCUGCCGCAUAAAAGACGCGGAUGAGCGCAUAAACGAAGGCACGGUGAUGCGCAGCAUGCGCAGCAGAAAGUUGACCGGGAGCAGCGCACGUUCCUCAGGUAGCACAUGCUCAGCCAACCGAUCGGAAAUAAUGGUAGGAACCCCCGAUUACAUCGCACCCGAGUGCUUUACGAACGAACAGGGCAUCGAAGUGGAUAUGUGGGCGUACGGUGUUGUGCUUUACGAGCUGAAGCAUGAUGAAACACCUUUCUACGCAGCCACGCUCUCUGAGACACAGAACAACAUCAAAGACAUAAAAUACGAAAGGUGCACGGGUGUGCUUGGUGAUCUGGUAGACCGCCUUCUGCGGUACAAGGCGGAACGUAUCGAUGUACAGCAGUGCAAGGAGCACCCGUUCUUUGCUGGCGUUAAUUUUGAUGAAUAUGCAGGUGGUCUUAAACCGUCAUUCGUACCUGAGGUGAGCACUGAGGGCGAGACCGUGCAUUUGGAAGGGGAAGAGAUUGAACAUACGUGUGAAUUUGUAGGGUUUAGUUACGAUCCGUGUUUUGAUGGCUUUGAGGUGCGUAUGAAAGACAAGAUGGUUACCGGUAUGAUUAAGGGUUCCUCCGAAAAGAUUGAUAGUAAAGGUUUAGAUGGUAGAUUGGGCGAGGGUACGGGAUUGCGUGAUUGCACAAAUGUUGACCAGGGAUUGAAAGAUCAAAAAAUUAAUGAUGGCAAAGACACUAGCGCUAGAGGUGCUGAUCAGGACACACGUAUUGGUCAAGUAAGCACGACAUAUUACGCUUACACAGGCUCAGAUCAAUCAGCGGUGGUGAAAAUGUUAAAAUGCAGCGAAUGCGGUAAAAAUGAAGUGCUAACCGGUAAAGAAUCGUACAACAGUGAUGACUGUGUAAACAUGUCGAAGAGUGCUGGGGAUGAAACCAGUGCUGUCCAUAAAAAUGAUUUAAAAGCUUUGAAUGGGGCCGUGUUGGACAGUAUGAGCGAGCACGCCAGAAGGAACGAGGGUAGCAGCACCCAUAUGGUGGCUUGUAGCGAUUUAUUGACAUGUGAUGCUCUCACAAAGAGAUGUGAUGAGCUCAUCAGUGAAAAUAACGUGCUGAAGGAAAAAACAGGGGUGAUAAACACGAUGCUGAGCACCCUCAAGAACAUCGAUUUGAGCGUUUAUAAUGAAAAAAUAAAAAACAUGACAGAGAAAUUUCGGGCACUUGAUGCAUUUAAAGAGGGUUACAGAGCACUGGCGAGUGCUAACAAGGAAUUAAUCAGGUACAGGGAGGAGUACGAGGAUUUACAGUUGAGAAAUGGGGUGCUCACAGAGAUGGUGAAGAGAGGGGAAUUGGAAAGGAUAAGCAUGCAUUCGGUUGGUUGUGAGCAUCACAGCGAUGUCAAUUCUGUUCAGGGAGAAGAGGGGCGGAAUGAUAUCAAUGAACGUUUUGUCAAAGACAGACACACACGUGGUACUGAACAAAAAAAUGGUGCUCUCUCCGAUAGUACCUCGAAUAGCAAGGUAAGAGGUUAUUCAGCGACAGGUACAUGCGCUGUGGGUGUCCGUUCCUUUAGCACGGGGUGUAAGGAGGGAGUUGAGGUGAAUUUGAUCGAUUCAGGAUGUAAAAGAAAAGUGGAGAAUGAAAGGGUGCAUAGGACAAGGGACGAGCAGGAAGACAAAAAGUAUUCGUUAGAGGCGAAAUUGCCGAGAUGUACUCGGUUCAAGGACAGCGUGCUUAUAAAGACGGAGCGCAUGAUUGAGCUGGAGAGUGAGGUUGAAAGGCUGCUCAGGAACAACAACGAAUUGAAGGGACGUAUUGCGCAAAUGGAUGGUGAUAAAAUGUGCUACGAAAGGAAGGUUGCAGGGAUGAAAGAGAAAAUGCUUGAUUUUAAUUACUAUAUCAACACGAUGAUAAACAACAUAAGAAUUACGCUCCAUGACAUUGACAUUGUAUCGUUGUACAACAGGAUGAACAAGGAGAUACGUACGAUGAAGAAGUUGCUGAAGGUGCGUGAGCAGGAAAAGAAGGAAAUAGAACUGAUGAACACCACCGAGGUAACGAUAAGGAAGAAACUGGAAAAAGAGAUACUACGGCACAAAGCCGAGAUAAAACGGUUGAGAGCGAGGGGCGAGAUUGACAUUACGUUCAAGAUUAGGAUUAAUGGAGAAAAGACACUGCUAAGGAUCGAGAAGAAUCAGCUGUAUUUGCUUGAUAUCGUGGAAAACCUGAGCAACAGCGUAAGUGCCAAUCUGAGCAAAUCCGAGAAGCUGCGUUAUAAGAGAAAGAACGUUGUAAAAUUGGUGUUUAUUGAGGAGAGCACCUCUUCAGCGGUGCACACACGCUCACGGUCACAGCUCUUAGAAGAACUGCGCAAGGAGAAGAGGCUGUACGCCUCGAUAGAGAGGCUGAGUGCGAUGCAUACGGGUAGGAUGUUAGAGAGAACAAAGACGCAGCUUGAAGGGUCUCUCAGGAAAAUAAAGUACCUCGAGGCAGAAAUUGAGAAUGCAGAUGAAAGCGGUACGCAAGAAGAGGGUACAUCCCGUGAGGGUGUCGUAUUCUAUGACGGCCACGUAUUCGUGCACGAAAAGGGACUGAGCGGUUACUGCAAUUUCUGUGAUGAGCCCCAUUACAGCAUCAGUCUUGCGUGUGAGCAGUGUGGUAUAACGGUGCAUAGGCAGUGUUACAUGUUGGCAAUGUCGUGCGAUAUGUGCAAGUCUGUGAAGAAGGGAAGGAGUUUUAUGGUUGAGAUGAGGAACUUUGAGGAAGCAGAGCGUUUAGUCAAGAUUUUAAAGAAAGACGUGUGA